AUGAUAGAAAGCUGGCCUCACAUCGAACAUUUGAAUGUUGAAAUCCACUCUCCCGUGACUCCAACAAAGGUUAGUCUUCUUGUCCAAAAGCGUCUCGCUGCCUCCGUCCUCAAGUGUGGUCAAAGAAAGAUUUGGUUGGAUCCCAAUGAGGUCAACGAGAUCUCCAACGCCAACUCUCGUGCUAACAUUCGUAAGCUCGUAAAGGAUGGUCUUAUUAUCCGUAAGCCCGAGAUCUCUCAAUCUCGUUUCCGUGUCCUCGAACGUGCUGCUGCCAAGCGUAACGGUCGUCAUAUGGGUCAUGGUAAGAGAAAGGGUACUGCUGAUGCCCGUAUGCGUAGCCAAGUCAUCUGGAUGCGUCGUAUGCGUGUCCUCCGUCGUCUUCUUGCCAAGUACAGAGAAGCUGGUAAGAUCGAUAAGCACUUGUAUCACCACCUUUACCUCAAGUCCAAGGGUAACGGUUUCAAGAACAAGCGUGUUUUGAUGGAACACAUCCACAAGGCCAAGGCUGAGAAGGUCCGUGCUAAGACUCUUGCUGAACAAGCUGAUGUCCUUCGUGCCAAGAACAAGGCUCUCCGUGAACGUCGUGCCAACAAGAAGGCCGAGAAGCUCGAAGCUCGUCAAUAA